AUGAGCAACAUUAAAGCUUUUCAAUUAAGGUCCCUAAAAAAAAAAGAGUUAUUGGACAAACUCGAAGAAUAUAAAAAGGAAUUAAGUGGAUUGAGAAUAAGCAAAGCAAUAGGAAACUCAGCAAAAAACUCUAAAAUCCACAGCGUUCGAAAAAAUGUCGCAAGAGUUUUAACUGUAUACAACCAAAAAAGAAAAAUGGAGUUGAGGAAAUUGUAUAAGGACAAAAAAUUCAAACCAUAUAACUUAAAAAAUAAAUUAACAAAAAAAAAGAGAUUAGAAUUAACUAAGAAACAAAAAUCCGCUAUGACCUUAAGAACCAAGAAACGACUUACCAAUUUCCCAAAAAGAAAAUACCUUUUAGUAAAGAAAAACUAA